AUGUAUACACUAGUCAUGAACGUUUCUCCCUUCUUGUUUAUAGUCGGCCGGUGGAGUGGCUGUUCAACGUCAUUUCCAAGUAUAGCUCUGAGGAGCAACGCAAGUUUCUGCAGUUUGUGACCGGCGCCCCCCAGUUGCCCGUUGGGGGUCUUGCUGCGCUGACACCUCCGCUAACGGUAGUGCGUGUGCGAUCCGAUGUUGACACGUGCGACAGCUUACUUCCUUCAGUUAUGACUUGUCAGAACUACUUCAAACUUCCCGGUGAGUGCGUUGUAGAACAUGUACGCGUUUUAUGA